AUGGAAGCUCGCCAAAGCUUUGAAGCAUUGCAGGAACGUCCCACGUGUGGGGAAGCCAGCAGGAAAGUUGCUGGGGUCCAGCUGGAGCUCUGGAGCUGUGUCUUUGAAGCUGGAAGGAGCUCGCUGGGGAGAAGCGAUCUGCCGGAGCCGGGAGGCGGAGAAAGCUACUGCCGGGAGACGUGAGUAAGCUUAGCCCCCGGGGAGGAGAUGGCAGACGAUCGUGA